AUGGCUGAGCAACCGUCCACAGCAGAGACAUCCGUCGAUUCCGUGCCGCCCGUUGAACUUUAUCCAAACCCAGAUGGCUCAUUCACUCGAAUCGAACCAUUUCCAAAGCUUCCUGCAACGCCGGAAGACACCACCGGUGACGAUUCAAAGUCAACCCAAAUCGCUCUCUCCAAAGACAUCCCUCUGAACCCAACAACCAACACCUCCAUUCGCAUCUUCAAACCUUGCAAUCUUCCUCCAAACUCGAAGCUCCCCAUCAUUAUCUACUUCCAUGGAGGUGGGUUCAUAAUCUUCAGUGUCAGUACUAAACCCUUUCACGAAUCAUGCAACGCCAUGGCAGCUCAGUUCCCAGCUCUGAUCGUCUCCGUCGAGUACCGUCUUGCGCCGGAACACCAUCUUCCGGCGGCGUACGAUGACGCCGUCGAAGCUAUCACGUGGGUCCGAGACCAGGCAUUGGGAAUCAACGGUUGCGAUCCGUGGCUGAAAGAUUUGGCCGAUUUUUCUAGGGUUUUCUUGAUGGGUAGUAGCGCAGGAUCUAAUAUAGUCUACUACGCAGCUCUGCGUGUGCUCGAUAUUGAUCUUACGCCGGUGAAAAUCAAAGGGUUGAUUAUGAACCAACCGUUCUUUGGUGGGGUGAAGAGGACUGAAUCGGAGACAAGACUUUCCGAUGAUAAGAUCAUACCUCUCUCUCUGAAUGAUCUGAUGUGGUCCUUAUCGUUGCCGGAGAAUUCUGAUCGUGAUCAUGAGUAUUGUAACCCAUCAAUCGCCGGCGAGUCUCACAGGGAGAAGGUCGGAAAAUUAUGCCGGAGCUUGGUCAAAGGUUAUGGUGGGGACCCACUUCUUGAUAGACAGAGAGAGUUCGUGAAGUUGUUGGAGUCAUCUGGUGUGCACGUGGUGACCCGGUUUGAUGAUGGAGGCCACCAUGGUGUAGAGGUCUUUAAUCCCAAAAAGGCCCAAGAUUUGCAUGAUGAAGUGAAGCAAUUCAUUGAAUCAACUUAA